GAAACUGGGGUCACUCUGUCCUUCUAGCACACACCCCUUUCCUUUAUAACUUUUUCCCUGGUCCAUUAGAGUCCUCCCCUGUUUUCAGCUACUACUUGUUCACAUUUCACAAGCCAAAAACCCCACCAACUUCUCUUUUUUCUGUCACUCUCAACUCAAGGGUCCAUACUCCACUUCCCUUUAACUAGUGUCCACCUAGAUCUCCACUCACUCCUAUGGAAGAAGACCCAAACCCCCCAAAGGGCCAAAACCAACAUCACCAUCUUCCCCCUCCCAACAAGAUACAAAUGAACAAUCACAAAGCUUCUCCUUCUCCCUACGGUGGUGGUGGUGGUGGUUCUUCUCCCAAACGUGCAGCCUGCACCUUCAUCACCGUCUUUCUUCUAGCCGUUGGAAUCACUCUGCUCGUCCUCUGGCUCGUCUACCGUCCCCACAAGCCCCGCUUCACGGUGGUCGGCGCUGCCGUCUACGCCCUCAACACAACCUCACCGCCGCUCUUGUCCGCCGCCUUGCAGUUCAACGUCCUCAUAAGAAACCCCAACAAGCGUGUCUCUAUUUACUAUGACAGGUUCUCUGCCUUCGUGUCCUACAGGAACCAACCCAUCACACAGCAGGUUUUGCUGCCGCCGCUGUUCCUGGAGAAGCACAGCCAAGUUUCGCUGUCGCCGGUGAUCGGUGGCACGCCGAUGCCGGUGACGGUGGAGGUGGCAAAUGGGUUGGCGAUGGACGAGAGUUAUGGGGUGGUGGGUCUGAAACUGGUUUUUCUGGGCAGGGUGAAGUGGAAGGCAGGGGGCCUAAGAACAUGGCAUCAUGGGCUUUAUGUAAAGUGUGAUUUGUUGGUGGGUUUGAAGAAAGGUUUUGUGGGUCAAGUUCCUCUGCUCCAAGCUCAAGCUUGUGAUGUGGAUCUAUGAACAAAGCUUGUUUAUGUUUUCACCCAACUCAAGUCUAAUAAACUGUAAUAUGUUAGUCAUCUUUACUCUUCCUCUGACUUUAAUGUUGUUCUUUUCUUUUCUUUCAUUUCAGCCAACAAUUAUAUACAAAGUUUGAAUUUUUUA